AUGAAUAUCGGUACCGGUACAGCUACUAAUACUACCGAGUCUCCUCUUCUGUUGGCUGAAGAUGAUAUUUGGAUCCAAGGCAUCCUGCCUUUUGCUGGCAUUGGACAGUACGCUUUCAUUGGACCAGUCAACAAGCAGCUCAAUCGCAUGUACAAAGAGUACUGUGAUAUUGAGCUCAAGAAGAACCCCAGAGAGGUGAAGGAUACCCCAAUGUCUCGCCGUCGCUCUGCAGAAAGCACAGACACUCUUCAUGGUGCCACAUUUUGUAACCUGCCCUGUGCUGAAUUCUGGCUCGGCGACAAUUCCAGAAAUAAACAACCCAGACAUGAUGAUGUUUGUGCUGCCAUUGCCAAAGUUGGGAAUGUUACUGUCAUUCAAUGGGCACGGCAACUAGGAUUCUCAUGGAAUGAGCUGACAUGUGUAGAAGCGGCAAAAAACGGCCAGUUGGAAAUGCUCCAAUGGUUGCGUGCAAAUGGUUGCCCAUGGAAUGUGUGGACAUGCUGGGGAGCUGCUCAAAAUGGGCAUCUUGAGCUUCUCAAGUGGGCUCACGCAAAUGGGAGUGACAAUCGACCAGUUAGGACUAAGACGACAUGCAUCAUGGCUGUUACAGGUGGCCAUCUGGAAAUUUUGAAGUGGGCUCGUGCAAAUGGUUAUCCAUGGGAUGAAGCUAUUUGCUGGUGUGCUGCUAGAUUUGGACAUUUAGACUUGUUGAAGUGGGCUCAUGCAAAUGGAUGUCCAUGGAACGGAGCGACAUGUCGGGAAGCUGCUGAAAAUGGGCACUUUGAAAUCUUGAAGUGGGCUCAUGAAAAUGGUUGUCCAUGGAAUGAAGAGACAUGCCGGGAAGCAGCUGAAAAUGGACAUUUGGAAAUCUUGAAGUGGGCUCAUGAAAAUGGUUGUCCAUGGAAUGAAGAGACAUGCCGGGAAGCAGCUAAAAAAGGGCAUUUGGAACUCUUGAAGUGGGCUCAUGAAAACGGUUGUCCGUGGAAUGAAGAAACAUGCCGGGAAGCAGCUAAAAAGGGGCAUUUGGAACUCUUGAAGUGGGCGCGCGCAAAUGGUUGUCCAUGGAAUGAAGAGUCUUUUGAAGCUGCCAGACGCCAUAACCAAAGGGGUGUCAUGCAGUGGCUGCGAGAGAAUGGCUGCCCUGGAUCUCAUGCUGAAGGUCACUGA